AUGCCAUACAGUCAACUUGCGAAGAACUUUGACGACCCGCAUCACAAACAUGCGAAGCUAUCCAAGCUGGUACCGUACUCAGCACUCAUACUUACAGUCUCAUGCGUCGUCAUAUUCCUCGUCCGAAUGUAUCUUCUGGAGCCACUGGUCAAGAGAUACACGUCCGAGUACAAGCACCUCGACCAAGCGCAAAAGCGAAGCUUCAUCAAUCACUAUGUCGCAGCCAGCAUCAAGCUGAUACUCAUCAUUGCAUCCGUCUACCCUGCGAUAUCGGUCAUCUCUGGUCACAAGAAUCUGCAGUCGCCCUUUGCAGGUAGCUCGACGGUGAAGGAUGGCGAUGUGCUUCUCUGCACCUUCCAAGUGUUUACAGCAAUGUACAUCUUCGAGCUCUUCUACCGCGAGAAGGUCAGCUACAUCAGUGGAGCUCAUCAUAUCGGCGCAAUCAUCAUUACGCAGACUGCCAUAGUUCUGUUCUUGGACCCGAAACAUCAACAAGAUGCAGAGCUGGAAUUUAUCAUGUGCCUGCUAUGGGGGUUCUUUGAUAUUGUCGCAGAGUUCUGGCCUCAUGCCGCUGUCAUUGUGUAUCGUACCUGGCCCAAGAAACACAUGAUGCUUGCCGACAUCUUUCUUGCGACAGCGAUACUCGAAAUAAUUGGCACCAUCGUCGAGACAGUGACGGUAUUCUCUAUCUUCUUCUCUCUAUGGAGACAUUGGACCCUGGAGUUCAAGGUCUUGAGCCCGACACUGCAUCUGUUGUUCAGUUGUGCUCAGCUUUGGGGCGCAAGAGUGUUUUGGGUGAUGUCGCAACAGCACAGAAAGGCUGCUGCUGAUGGUCUUGACCCCGAAAUGCUAAAGGAAAGUAACCCCCUUCCUUCUAAAGUAGGGGACAUUAUAUAG